AACUUCCUACCCAACCUGUAGCCGGUUAGUUUAGUGUAUGGUAUGUAUACACUAGACUGACUAGACUAAUGGUUCCUCUCUCUCUCACGCACUGAACUCCACUCUCACUUUCCCAAUCAACUAGUGCGCAGGUAGGUUGACAAGGCGCCCGCCCGGACGGAGUCCUCCAUCCCGAGCCGUUUCGAAUCAACCGUGGCCGACAGACAAGAAAAGAUGGGAGGAGGCCCAAGCACUCGGACACAAAGCCAUCCAAUUGCACACAAUUCGAUUCUGUUCGCCUCCCCGCCUCUCCCCCCUCCCCCAAUUCCUUUCUUCCCUGCCCGCCAUGCUUACAUGGAGUCGUCAACCCUGUGCACGGUUGUUGACCAGUGGAAAUGUUGUUCAUUAGCCACCAUGAGUGGCUUUGUCGGUCGCCUUGGACUGACUGAAUGACUAGCUGUUGGUCUGCCUAAAUCUUCAUCGAAGAGAGGCAUAGAGCAAAGACAAGGGCGAUGUAGUCCAAAAUCACCGGACUUCAAUUGAUCAAUUCUUCGUUGCUACGCUUCAGCAGAAUCAGAUUCAAUCGGCUUGCUCGGCUUCAUCUGAUCACGUACCUACAGUAGUAGGCCGAUUCCGCAACUCCAGUGAAGAGCAAGGGGGAAAGGUGGGUUAAGGUGAGCCCCGUCAAUG